AAAUUAUUUUCUCUCUCCCCUUCUGUCUUUUCUCUCCCUUUCUCCGUCUUUUCUUCUCCUCUGUUGAGUGAGCAUACGAUACUGCGCAACAGGGAAAGGAAAAGAGGGAACCGAAACAAAAAGGAGGAGAAAGAAGUAACAGAGAGAAAACCGCCAGCCUCGCAGAAACCAGAGCCCACAAGGAAUAAUAAGAACAAGAAGCAGCAGCAGCUCCGAAGAGCUCCUCCGGUGGUUUCCAUGCUUCCGGGCUGGGCGGUGGUCCGAUCAGUCUUCAUUCUUAUCGCCUCUUGAGUCUUGUCUGCUAUGCCUCAUGUUGGUGUUGCUUUGUAAUCUGUUCAUGGCUCAAGAAUUCCUCGUUUGCUCUUAAAGACAGAAGAGUUUCGACAGCUUUGAUGACACACCAAGGUCACUAUCGAGUAAUGCUACAAGUUCCCUAUUCGAAGGCUUAAAUGGCUGGCAGCAAGGUUCUCAUAACAUACAAGCGAAAGCUUUCAUCAUCUGGAACUGGUGCUGCGUACAGAGAUGGCUGCUACGAUUCUCUAUCAGGAGGACCAAAUAAUGGUCAUAUAUCUAGAGCAUCAGGACACAAUCAGCAGAUUUUUCCUGGAUGUUCUGUGUGUGGUGUCGGAGGCAACCUUUUACAGUGCAAUGACUGCGAUCAAUUGUAUCAUCAUCAUUGCAUUGAUAGCAUCAUUGAGCCGAAGCAUAUACACAAUGGAGAAAAGUUGAGCUGUAGGUGUGAGCAGCAAGGUUCUUCAGGAAACGAGUCCUUCCGUGGACCCAAUGAAUAUGCAGUUGGCGACCUUAGUGAAUCUGGUAUAAAUCUGAAGUCAGUAAUUCCUGAUAAUGGUGGCUUUGGCAUGGAAACUUCACGGUGCUUAGAGUCAUUUGAGAAGAGCUCUUACACCCCUCAAUCAUCAAAUGGGAGAAACUGCAAUGUUGAAUAUGAAACAAAUUCAAGUAUCAAGGAGGCAUCAAACGCUGCAGGCAAUGGUUCAAUCUCUACUGAUCUAUCCUGUAGAUUACCUUGCCAUUUUCUUGGGGAAUCAAAGUCAAAAUCUCUUAUGACUUUUAGUCGGAGAUGUAAAAAGAAAACUAAAAUUACAAUGACUGAUACAAAAGAAAGUGACCUCCAGGAAUAUGGUCUGUCCCUUGAAAAAUUUAGUAAAUCUGCCUGUAGUGCAGCUUCUCCUAGAGACUAUUAUACUGGUCCCUCAACGAGCCAAAAGCUUCUGCAGGAAGAACUAGACACGAGGACUUCAUCACAUCAGAGUCAAGAUGAAAUAAAAGUUGAUUCUGCUGACAAAUGGGAAAGAGCCGCCCUGGAGGCUGAGAAUUUGGUAAAAGAGGGAGAAGAAUUGCGUGAUUCUGAAAGUGUUUGCAAGGACGACAUUCCAGGGCCUGACCACUUGCUGCACCCUAUUUCUGAAACUGCUAUGGAUAAUAGUGACGCUGCUGAAGAUUAUUCACGGAUUGUUCUGAAGGAUGAUAUCAAAGAUCCUUGUGAUUCUCCGGUAUUAGAUGGUCAGUUACAGAACCAUAAAUGUCAAGAGGAACCUGAGGUCUCUGCAUGCAAUCUUGAGAAAGAAAACAUGCCUGGUUCUGGAACAGAUGGCACACAACCGUAUCCAGAUCUCCUCGAGGCUCCUAAAUCUGGUUGUACACCCAACUUCAAUGUGGAUUUGGAAAUCUCGAAGGAUGCUGCUAAUGGUGCUUCAGAAACUCAUCGUGAUUCUCAAGAGUCCAUGAGCAUAGACCAGGCUGCUGUUGCUCAUGAGGUUUCUUACAGUGAACCAGUGGAAAGCUCAAAUGUGAGAGCUGGAGAUUCUUAUCAGGUGCAUCUAAUCACGACUACAAUUGGCAUGCCGACUUCCAUGCAGGAAAUUGUUCCAAACUCAAAAGAUGAAGGGGAAGCUUAUCCUCUCUUUAUAGAAGGUGCGGCCAAAAACAAUUGUCUUCAGCUGUUUUCAGAAGAAAGAGGCAAAGAUUCUUCCCCAUUAGGAAGUGUUAAACCAGAAGGAAUUACUGGACCUAUGAUUCUGGAAGAAGUGAAAGUUCUUCCUGCAGAAAAUGGACAUACACAAACUUCUUCCAUAUCAAGCGGUUUUUCAUUGGAUUUGGAUUUAUCCUUGCAUAUGGACCCUAAAUGGGGAGACUAUGCAUCAGGGACACCCUGCCCCCAGUUGCCUCCUUGGAAGUCCAAUGAUGAAAACAUAAGAUUUGCUCACACUGAAGUGCCUGAAGCUUUCCCGAAUGUUGGAAGUUCAUUCCUUAGACAAAGGAUAUUACUGGACAGGAUUGCAAAUAGAGCAAGUCGUUUGCAUGCACAGGGCGGUUUUCAAGACAGGCCAGAUGCUACUUUGUGGUCAGACCAAGAAUUGGAUUCACUUUGGAUAGGUGUAAGAAGACAUGGCAGAGACAAUUGGCUUGCAAUCUUAAGGGACCCAAGACUACAGUUUUCUCCAUUUAGAACUUUGAGGGACCUUGCUCUCAAGUGGGAGGAGGAACAAAUUAAAUUACUAGAUGGCAAACAUGCUUCACGAUUCAAUUGGCAUGCAAUGAAAGAGCAGGUUUAUGUACCGGGUUACCCAAGCGCUACACCCUGUUCAGAUAUUCAUGCAGAGAUAUAUGGCAAAGGUGAACUGAGGUGCAACUCAUUGCCAAUUAGUAGCCCUUUCACUUCUUUGGUCCCGAGAGGUAAUCUACCCCACUGGCUAAAGGAAGUGGUAAGCACUCCUCCAAGGCUGAUGGAAAUAAUUCCAACCAAAGUAAUUUCAUCCAUUGCUCAUCCUGGGGUAACACACAUCACUGGACCAUAUUCAGAUUCUUCUGAGACACAUAUUGGGGUGAGAAAUGAAAUGCCAGGUGAGCUACAGCUUUCAGGAGGUGCUUGCUGCUCUGCUGUUCCAUUGGCAACAAGUUAUGGAGUUAAUAAAGCUAGUUUGACUUCAGUGUACCAUGUUAAUAAGACAGAUGAUGUUGUCACAAUCGAUGAUGAUGCAUCUUCUGAAGAGACGAUAUCCGAUGAUCACGGGUCUCGGAUAUAGUUUUUGAAGAAAGGGCCACGCAAAUGAAAACUGUAUGAAUGUCUGUAAAUUGAUGCCAGGAGUUAUGUUCUGUACAAUUCUGGUACUGAAGCAAUGUAUAAGGUCGAUGCGGUCACUUUCGCUCAAGAGUCAAGGCCACACUUAACAUCAGAAUGUUAUGUUCAUAAUUUGAUGUAUAUGGUGCAAACCAGUGACAGCGGAAUCAAAGUUUUGUACCUUGUAGAUAGGAGUGUCGUGUCUUUUAUAUCAAUGACAAGUUCCUUUAGGAUGGCUUCUCUGCUGGAUGUAAGGAGUCACAAAUUUAGCAUUAUGGAGGGAGUGACCCCGUCAUUAGCAGUGGAAGCAGAUACUCCUGGGAUAUGACGUUCUGAAUUGCUUGUUGAGGUAACUUCACCUGCUAGUAGCCCUGGAGGGAAAGUUUUUUUUGAUGGAUUCUAUUUUGCAUAAGGCUGUGUUUAGUAUAUUUUCAAUUUCUGUUUUCUGAGACGGAAAAUAUUUUUAGUUAUGUUUAUAUCGGUUAUAUUGGCA